AAUAGUAUUACAGAGUAAUUUCCCCUGUCGUUGUCAAUAGCAACAGAGUACUUGGACACGCGGUAAUAUUUGAAAGAGCAGCAAAUUCUGAAAUAGAGAUAUUUGAGUGGUUCAGCUUUACGAGUCGGCUAUCUAUUUUGAGGUGUAAUAUUUAUCAAGAUGCCGGAGAAGAUCAGUUUUGUAGAAAAUUUUGCGCUGAGUGGCGCUGCUGCUGCCAUUUCCAAAACAGCUGCUGCACCAAUUGAACGAGUCAAGCUCCUUGUCCAGAACCAAGAUGAAAUGCUAAAAGCUGGCCGUUUAGACAAACCAUACAGUGGAGUUAUUGACUGUACAACGAGAACAUUCAGAAAUGAGGGAAUUUUACCAUUCUGGAGAGGUAACAUGGCAAACGUUAUCCGAUAUUUCCCAACCCAAGCUCUCAACUUUGCCUUCAAGGAUCAGGUUAAAGCUAUGUUUAAAUCAUCAAAAAAUGAAGGCUCUAUGAUGAAGUUCAGCAAAAAUGUCAUGUCUGGUGGUGUAGCUGGAGCCAUGUCCCUCUGCUUCGUGUACUCUCUCGACUACUGCAGGACACGUUUAGCUAAUGAUGCCAAGGCUAGCAAGAAAGGAGGUGGCGAACGACAGUUCAACGGUAUGGUUGAUGUAUACAAGAAGACCAUACAGUCUGAUGGUAUUGUUGGACUGUACAGAGGUUUUGUCAUCUCUUGCGUCGGUAUUGUUGUGUACAGAGGUUGCUACUUUGGUUUCUAUGACACACUGAAACCAAUUAUCAUUGGUGAAGGAGGUAGUUUUGCAGCAUCAUUUGCUCUUGGUUAUGUUGUAACCAUCAGUUCCGGUCUGGUGUCGUACCCAAUUGACACAAUCAGAAGAAGAAUGAUGAUGACAUCAGGAGAGGCAGUUAAAUACAAGGGGUCCAUUGAUUGUACAGUUCAAAUUGUCAAAAAUGAGGGAUUCAUGUCCCUGAUGAAGGGAGCUGGUGCCAACAUUCUCAGAGGUGUUGCUGGUGCUGGUGUGUUGUCUGGAUUUGACAAAUUCAAGGAAUACUACGUAAAAUGGCGUGUGGGUAAUAAAUAAUGGAAACAUGGUCUAGGUUUAAAAUUUUAUUAACUGAUUGAUCUACUUUUUAUUAUCCUUUGGUUUGUGAACAAUGCAAUAAGAUGAAUAUUAAGAUUUUUAACAAAAAUGGCUAUUUGUCAUACAUUUGAAUUUUGUUACAUGUAGGACUUGUUUGAAUUUUGUGACUAAUUAUAGAUUUGAUGAUAAAGAUGCCUUUUUUCUUAUUACCAUAGGUCAUUAAAGCAGUAUUAUGUUUUUGUCAGGUA